AAAAACAAAAAAAGAAAAGAAAAAAAGAAAUAAUUUGUUUAAUUUAUUUUAUAUAUAUAUAUAUUUCCUCAUUUUAUUAUUAUUAUUAUUCCCUCUAUAUUUUUUUUUUUUAUACUUAUUUUUUUUUAAUAAUUAUAUACAUACAUUUAUUUACAUAUUCGACUAAAUAUGGGAGACAAAGCUGCAACAUUGGUAGCAAAUAAUUCACUCUUUGUUGAAGAUUAUGCAGCUGCUGCAGCAUCUGCAUUGAAUUAUAAUUAUAUGCAAAUGAAAGAAAUUGAAAAUUUCAUUCAUCGUUUGGAGGAGGAAAGAUAUUCCAAACUUGAAGAAUUGGUUAAAGUUCCAAGUAAAAUUAGAGAACAAGCCGAAUGUUUAAGACGGGAAGCGUCACAACUUUAUAAAGAGAUUAAAAGAAUCGAAUACAAUAUUGUUUGGAAAAAGGCUGAAACCAAAGUUUUAAUUUGGUUUGAAAGAGAAAAUGAUAUUAUUGAUACAGAAUAUGUUAAUGAAUUGGAGAAAUCUCAAGAUGAAGAAAUUGAAAUGAUGUGGAAUGAUAUUGAAAUGAAGAGAUUAGAAGGGGAAGUGAAAUCUAAAGAAUCUCGAGAAUUGAUGAAAUCCGGUGCAAGAAAAGUUAGAGAAGCCAUUAAGAAAGAAAUUGCGGAUAUUGAUUUAAUGACCGAAAACAAAAAACAACUUUAUUCCUUUUAUGAACAACAAUCCAUGAUUUGGUGGUGAGAUGAAUAAGGUGUGACGUGGAAAUAACUCUUAAAAAAAAAACAUUAAAAACAUUUUAAAACAUUCGUUCUUAUUCUUAUCGAUAAAUAAAUAUACAAUAUACCUUACAUACCUCCCUUUAUAUAUCGUUUUAUCCCAAAGGAAAACCAAAAUUCCUUUUUAAAAUCCUAAAGAGAUUAAAGAGAUUUUUUGGGUACCUUUAUUUAUUUUUUCAUCUUAAUCUUUCACGUAAGUUUUUUAAUUCACAAAUUUCCAUUUCUUUAAUU